AUGAAUAAAUCAGUAGAGAUGGCAUGUGUUCUUAUCAAUCUUGCCAUAAUUUUACUUGCAGUAAAUAGAUCAGAGGGGGUUCCUAGAAACCAGAUCAUCUAUUCUUUAUGUAAUAAUCAGUCAGAGAUCAAUCAAACAGAGUUCAGCUUGAACUUUAUCCAAACAACCGAAAAGAUUGGCACACAAAUACAAAAUUCGCGUUUUGGAACAGCAAAUUCAGGCACAGGGCCUGAUAGUAAUUAUGGACUUGUUCAAUGCUAUGGUGAUCUUUCUACAAACGACUGCAUCUUAUGUUAUGACUCGGCACAUUAUUUUCUUCCCAGGUGCUUUCCUAAUAAUGGUGCUAGAGCUUAUCUCGAUGGUUGCUUUAUGCGAUUCCAGAACUAUAGCUUCUUUGAGGAGUAUGCUGGACCUAAUGACAUUGCUAUUUGUGGAAAUACCACAAGGAAGAGUAGCGUGUUUCAGACUUCAGCAAGGCAAGCUGUGCAAAACGCUGUGAGGGAUGCAUCAACAAAUGGUGAAUACUUUGCAAGGGAAGAAGUAAAACCCACUGGGACCGUAAAUGAGUCAGCCUAUGUGUUGGCGGAAUGCUGGAGGACAUUGAAUGCAAGUUCUUGUAGGACUUGUUUAGAGAGUGCAUCUGUAUCAAUAUUGGAUUGCUUGCCUUGGUCUGAGGGGCGUGCAUUGAACACGGGAUGUUUCAUGAGGUAUUCUGAUAUCAAUUUUCUCAAUCCUGAGCCAACCAGAAGCAGAAAUAGAGGGAGGAUGAUAGCUAUUAUUGCAGCUGUUGGUAGUUCUAUGUUGAUUCUUGUGGUUGUGUUGUUGAUUGCUUUAUAUAUCUGGAGACAGAGACGUAUACAGAAGAAGAGAACAGGUUCUUAUGAUGCCAAGAAACUGGCGAAGAUUCUUACAGACAGUAGCUUGAACUUCAAAUACUCCACUAUUGAGAAAGCCACAGGCUGUUGGGAUGAUGCCAAUAAGCUUGGGCAAGGAGGGUUCGGGACCGUCUACAAGGGAACUCUUCCAGAUGGAAGAGAGAUUGCUGUCAAGAGGCUUUUCUUGAACAACAAAUUCAGAGCAGCAGAUUUCUAUAAUGAAGUUAACAUGAUCAGCAGUGUUGAACACAAAAACCUAGUCAGGCUGUUAGGAUGCAGCUGUUCAGGGCCUGAAAGUUUUCUUGUAUAUGAGUUUAUGCCCAACAUGAGCCUCGAUCACUUCAUCUUUGAUGCAAUAAAAGGUAAGGAACUAAACUGGGAAAAGAGAUUUGAGAUCAUCAUUGGCACAACCGAAGGUCUGGUCUACCUUCAUGAAAAUACCAAGAUUCGGAUCAUUCACAGGGAUAUUAAAGCUGCCAAUAUCCUGUUGGACUCAAGGCUUCGCGCUAAGAUAGCUGAUUUUGGUUUGGCCAGAUCUUUUCAAGGAGAUAUGAGUCAUAUCAGCACUGUCGUUGCAGGAACUCUUGGAUAUAUGGCUCCAGAGUACUUGGCACUUGGUCAGUUAACAGAAAAGGCAGAUGUGUACAGCUAUGGUGUUCUGUUGCUGGAGGUAGUUACUGGAAUUCAAAACAACAGAAGCAAAAAUUCAGAAUACUCGGAGAGCUUAGCAUCGAUUGCAUGGAAGCAUUUCCAGGAAGGUACAGUGGAGGAAAUCCUGGAUCCAAACUUAAUGUUUCACACUUAUCCGAACCGCAAUUUCAAAAAAGAUGCCAUAAAAGUGGUACAUAUAGGACUCCUUUGCACCCAAGAAGCUCCAUCUUUACGACCAUCCAUAUCCAUGGCACUAAAAAUGCUAGUAAAAGAUGAUGAACCCUUACCACCACCCUCUAAUCCCCCAUUUAUCAAUGAUUACAAAAUCAAUGAGUUGGAUGAGAAGCUACCGCUUUACCAUGAUGACGAUGAUUUAGGCUCGGUUGCAACUGUUUCCCACAGUCAUUUCUACCCGAGGUAACACACUAAUGCUUCCUAGUUUCCAACCAUCAUAUAGCGUUAUCUCAUCCUCCAUUGUUCAAGAUUUAGGAAAACGGAACCAACCAUCAUAUAGCGUUAUCUCAUCCUGCCUAAGAUCUAGGAAAACUGAACCAACCAUCGUAUAGCAUUAUCUCAUCCUGCCGUUUGUUUAAGAUUUAGUAAAACCGAAGAGUAUCACAGUAGCGAGUUCAGGGUAAGUUUCGUAUCUAUCUGAAGAAGUGUGUGUAGAAAGAAGUUAUGAAAAUGGAUUUUUAGGUUCCUUGGGGCACAAGAAAUGGGAUGAAUUUGGAAUGAUUACAGGUGAAAAGGAGGUCCAGGAACUAGAAGAAGGUAGUUACUAAUUUGUAAGUUGUAAGUUGUAAGUUUGUAUAUCAAGCAAAUUUUGAUCCUUGUAAAUUUAUUGAUUGUCCUGUAAUUAUAUACUCCAUCCGCCCCCACAAGUUUACUAAAUGAGCAUGGCAAG